AUGGAGACUGCUGGCCACAGCCGGCCUACUUUCGAUAGCCCAGGCUCCUCUGAUCACACCGAAAGCAAGCUACCCUGUGCGGAGAGUUACCACACAGAAGAAGAUAUCUAUAUUGCUGGAACAACAUUCGCAAGCAACCACUUGGAGAUGAGUGAGGAUUCGGCCUUCAUGCCAAGGAUUUGGGCUUUGUUGGCAUUUGGUUCUUUCUUGAUGGUUAAUAUUGGAGGCCGCUUUCCCACGGGGAAGAGUGACAAGCUCACUACUACGCCUCUGAUUGACGCUGUUGGGUGGACCUUGCUAUACAGGUUCUUUUUUGCGGGCCGUGGUAACAUUAUCACGGUGACUCUUAAGGCCAUUCCUCACAUGUCUCUAGGCGAGAGUCGCUCGGAGGGUAAAGGUAACGCUGCGGCACCUGUUUUCAUGGUGGUUGACGAAGUACUGGCAGUCGGGAGGAUAACAUCCUUGCCUCCAUCUAAUGGAGGCAAGGACGUUAUCCUCUCGGGUACCAGAUUUCGUCCCCCACCAGGAACUACAGCGUCGCAGCGGUGCUUGGACCCAACUCGAUUUAACACAGCAUCACCGUCCCAGUCGCCAGACCAACAAUCUUCUAACUCGCACUCUUACUUUUCUGCUCUCCCGCUUUCCACUACAACAACAAGGAAGGAAAUCGCCCAACGUCGGACUCUAAAAAGUCCAAUUCAUACAAAGAAGCGCCGAAACAAUGAAUCGCCUUCACAUUCGCGCAUUGCGCACACUACUUUGAACACCACAACCACAAACACCAUUGAUACGCUUUAUCUCACCCUCCACAUGGAUCAAGUCGAAAUGCCUCAACCAAUAGGGGAUAUAGACUUCGGAGUUUGGCUCAUCGAUGAUAUGUGCGGCAACGACAACGAGACCAGGUUCAGCGAGCCUGAAGCCGCCGCUUUUGAUUUCAGCCCAUCCGAUGAUAACGACGUCCCCCAUAAUAUGCCUGAGAAUACUGCCAACGUCGCAUACGAUGCACGACUUGACAUUAACAGGUUCAUACCGGGCACAGAGAUGUAUCCUUCCGACGAUUUCGAUGGAAUGGUGCAAGAAGAGGCAAAUUUGAAUGUUGUAGCCGAUUCGACAGCGGGGAUCUUCCAGAUUUCGCGCGAAAACAACUCUAUACAACAACAGCCUUACAUUUUCCAUGAUAACACCUGGGACUGGGAAUUUCCGAUACAAUCUGACAAUAUUUUAUCCCAUCCCGUGAGUCCUACAUACACCGACUCAUCAUACAACUCGCAGCAAACCUUUACCCCACAAUCGUGCGAUUCACCGUUAUACGAGGGCAUAUUCCAACCCUCACCCAACACCCCCUCACCUGAUUUCCUGGACCUUGGAAACAUGUUACUCAGCCAAAGUCCUCAGACUCCGUCGCCCGCCUCUGAUAUAGUGCUGGCUCCUCCCGAAAACUGGGUACCACCUUCACCUCUUAACCCAGACAACAGCACGCCUGCAUCUCCGGGUCUACAAACACCCCCAACUCCUCUAACUCCAGGUCCCUCCCCUCCUUCCCCUGCCAUUUCAUCCAACAACCGUAAUGGUCGUGGAUCCAUCAGCAAGCCUGCCAAACGCCGCCGCCGCCCGUCAAACCCCUCCGGAGUUGUGAAGCCGCUGCGAUGUGACUUUCCUGGCGACACCGAUUCUUCGCCCUGCAACAAAGAAUUUGACCGAAAAUGCGACUUGAAGAAACAUGCAAAGAGACAUGUGAAGCCAUUCCCCUGCAGAUUCGAGGGUUGCAAGAACAUCCGUGGAUUCUCAUCCGAGAAGGACCGUGAACGACAUGAGAACUGCCUCCACAAGAAGGAUAAGUCCAAAGCCCGAUGGGGAGGAGGAGGAGGAAUAGAAGUUUUAUACAAUCUUUUUUCAAAUUAUUUUAGCGAGCGUAUCUGA